AUGAACACCUUGGCCUUGGUACUCUUGGGGCUUGCUCUGGGGUUUAGGGCCAUUACGGCUAAGCCAGAGGAUGGUAGCUUUUGCCCUAAGACCCAAGUGGCUUUCAGAGAUGCUUGUUAUGAAUUUGUGCCUCUCGGCCGCACCUUCUAUGGUGCCCAGAGCUGGUGCGAGGAGCAAGGAGGCCAUUUGGUUUUUAUUCAUGGAGAAGGCACCCAGCUAUUUCUGCAGAAGCACCUCAUCCAGGACAGGGAAUGGUGGAUUGGACUCACAGGGAACUUGGCUUGGAAUGGAACUACAGAAGGGCCCAGGACCUGGCUGGACACCUCAAAUGUGAGCUACAGCCACUGGCGCCGAGGGUAGGAUGCUUCUGUAACCAACCCCUGCGGCUACAUUGGGAGAGACCCUUCCUUUGGGUGGUCGUCCUCGGAAAACUGCACGCAGGAGUUCGCCUUCAUCUGCGAGUUUGCUGAGCUGGCCUGUGUCGGCCAGAGUCUGGCCUGCGAGAGCCUCAAUGCCACCAUGCACCGUGGCUCAGGGGAGGUGAUCCAGAUCCAGGAUGCUUUCUAUGGGCGCCAGACUCCUCAUUAUUGCAUCCAGGACGCCGGGGACCCCUCAGACCUGGAGGAGGAAUGCAGCUGGGUCAGUGUCAAGGAUGAAGUGGCAGGCCAGUGCCAGGGGCUGCAGGCCUGCCAGGUGGCAGCAGAUGGAACCUACUUUGGAGACCUGUGCCCCAGCCGGGGCAGUUACCUGUGGGUGCAGUACCAGUGCCGGGAAGGCCUGAAGCUGACAGUGUCCAAUGAGAGUUUCAUCUUUGACAAUGUCACCAUCUCCCUUACAUGGUUCCUCUCUCCCUACAUUGGAAACCUGUCCUGUAUAAUUAAUAUGGGGGAUGGCCACACUUUCUAUCCCUACUACCCCACAAGUUUGUCCAGCAGUGUUUUCCACCAGUUCACAGCCCCUGGGGAAUUCACUGUGUUUGUCUAGUGUACAACCAGUGAGUGGAACGUGAUAGCUCAGAAGCAAGUGACGAUGUGGGACAAGAUGGAGAUGCUCUGUGAGACUGGGUGUUCUGGCCUCUCCACAUCAGGAACCAGCCCCCUCUGCUGGGCAGUCUUCAGGGACCCUCUGCGGAUUCAGGUGGAGCUUGAUGGAGGAGCAGGGGUGACUUACACUGUGCUGUGAGGUAACACACGCCUGGCUGAGUUCACCACGCAGAGGGGCCCGCUCCCCUACAGGCUGACCCUGGAUGGAGCAGCCCAGCAACGGAUGGGCCCAGGGCUGCACCACUUGGAGAUCCGAGCCACCAGCAACACCACCACCUCUGCCCCCUCCAGAAACAUCACCAUCCACUUCGUGGAGCUCCUGUCAGGCCUGCAGGCCUCCUGGGCUUCUGGCAACUUGGAGCUUGGACAGGACCUACUGGUCAAUGUCUCGGCGGCUCACGGCAUCCCAGAGAGGCUGACCUUUGAGGUGGCAGGACUCAAUGCAACCUUCUCCCAUGAGAAAGAGAGCCUUGGGGGGCCAAUUUGGACUUACCACGUGGCAGUUCCGCUUGAAGGCACCUUUCUGGUCACUGUGCUGGUGAGGAACACCUUCUCAAACUUGAGUUUGAAAAUUGGAAGCAUCACUGUCACAGCUCCUUCCAGCCUCCAAGAACCACCUGGAACAAAGGCUCAGGAAAAGAAUAGAGAUAGAGGGGACGUGGAGCUGUGCGUGGAAACUGCUCAGUACUUGGAUCCUUUCACAACAGUGACUCUGGGCUGGCCAGACAGUAACAAGGACUUUCGCUUCCAGGGGGCAUGUGGGCACUGCUGGGCUCAGUGGAGAGACUGCGUUGAGAGGCAGCUGCUCCGCACAGACCAGAGGGAGCUGGUGCCACCGUCCUGCCUGCCGACGCCUGACUCUGCUGUUACCCUGCGCCUGGCAGUCUGGAGAGGCCGGGGGCUGGAGAACCUGGAGGAGCAGUGCCUCUAUGUGUCUGCCCCCCUGGAACUCAGGCUGCGAGUCAGCUGUGAGGAGAACUGCAGGCCAGUGAAUGCCAGCAGGGACGUUAUGCUCAAGGUCACCAUGGGGGACAAGUCUGCAGCAGCCGUGUUCAGCUGGUAUUUAGAUGACACCCCGCUGGAGAAGGCCGAGCCCCUCCUGGUGGCCUGCAGACUCCAAGGAUUCUGGCCGCAUUCUUUAAUCCUCCUUCAGAGCGACACCGCCACCCUGCUGCUGAACAGCUCCUUCCUGAGGACCCGCAGCCAGGCCACCGGAAUCAGAGUCAGAGCGGUGACCAGGCGCGCCUACGGGGAGGGCACCUACGUGAUCAGCUCCCUGCCCCUCCCGGAGGUGCCCACCUGCACCACUGCCCCGGAGGAGGGCACUGUUCUGACGAGCUUUGCCAUCUCCUGCAACGCUUCCGCCGCCCUGGGGCCCCUGGGGUACUGCUUCUGCCUGGAGUCAGGUUCCUGUCUACACUGUGGCCCUCAACCUGCCCUCCCAUCAGUUUACUUGCCACUUGGAACAGAAAACAAUGACUUCAUGCUGACAGUGGUCAUUUCUGUCUGCAAUCACGCGGGUGACAGACAGCAGACCCAGGCAGCAGUUAAGGAGGGACGUGGAGGCACCCGUGUGGAGGACGAGGCAUUUCAGGCCGCAGUGUGGGACAAUGUCACUGCCACUCUGCAGGGCGGGUAUGGCCCUGAGCAGCUCUUCCAGCUGGUCAGGUCUGUGUCAUCCGUGCUGGACCAGCAGUGCCAGGGGCCGGGCUCCGGGCAGCCGCUGAGAGUGGACUCCAGACAGAAGGUCAGAGAGCAUAUCCUCCUGUCUGCGGGGUCACUGCCUGCGGUCAACGCCACCUUGGGGGACAUGCAGAAGGUGCAGGAGCCGGCCGAGGUACUGACAGAGGUGACCCACCGCAGUGAGGAGCUCACGCCCUUGGCCCAGCGGAAGGCCAGCAGGGCUCUGCAGCACGCCAGUGAGGCCCUGUUGGCAGUGAGUGCCGAGGCCCAUCCUGAGGACCAGAGGCGCCAGGCGGCCACCGGGAACCUGUUCCAGGCUGUGGGCAGCGUGCUGGAAGCUUCCCCGAGGGACAGACCAGAAGAGCCUGCAGAGGCCAAUGGCAGCCAGGUAGCCAUAGUGCCCCAGCUGCUGGGAGCUAUGGGGCACAUGCAGGCCGCCGUCCUGCCGGGGGGACUGCCCGGGGGCCUUCCAGCCACACUGGCCGCCCCCUCCAUCUCCGUGUACACAAACAGAAUACAGCCCCGGAGUUAGCGAGGCUCCCCUGUGCACGUUGCUGCUGCCAGCUCUGCGACCUUCACCCUGCCCGCUGCCCCCUCCCUUGGCUCCAUGGAGGAUGGUAGGGUGCCUGCGGACAUAAGGAUGAUGAGUUUCCCAGAGAACCCACUCCCAGCCCAAAGUCACUUCGAUGUCAGCGGAACUGUUGGUGGCCUCUCUCCCAGCCCUGGUGGGCAGCUCAUCCCUGUGAAGAAUCUGUCGGAGAAUAUCGAGAUCCUGCUGCCUCGGCUUUCAGAAAGACACAGUGAGCCAACUGUGUUGAACCUGACCAGACCUGAAGCUCUGUGGGUGAACCUGGCUUCAGGGGGCGUGGCUUUGGGGAUCCAGCUGCACUGCAGACCUGACAUCCCACUCGUGCUCAGCCUGGGCUACGGCUAGCACCCCAACGAGACCAGCUACAACGCCCAAGCUCACCUCCUGCCAAAGGCUGCUCCAGAUGGGCUGUCCACAUGGAUCCUGAGCCCAGAGGACCUGCAUUUUGGAGAAGGCAUCUACUACCUGACUGUGAUCCCCCAGUCUGACCUGGAGCCGGCCCCCCGCAGGGACUUCACAGUUGGCAUCACCACCUUCCUGUCCCAUUGUGUGUUCUGGGAUGGUAUCCAGGGGACUUGGGACAACUCCGGGUGCCAGGUGGGACCACGGACCACCCCCUCCCAGACACACGGCCUCUGCAACCACCUCACCUUCUUUGGAAGCACAUUCCCGGUGAUGCCCAAUGCCGUGGACGUCCGCCAGACUGCUGAGCUCUUUGCCACCUUCGAGGACAACCCUGUGGUCGUGACCAUCGUGGGCUGCCUCUGUGUGGCCUACGUGCUGGUGGUGAUCUGCGCAAGGAGGAAAGACGCUCAGGAUCAGGCCAAGGUGAAGGUCACAGUGCUGGAGGACAAUGACCCCUUUGCCCAGUACCACUACCUGGUGACAGUUUAUACCGGACACCGGAGGGGGGCAGCCACUUCCUCAAAGGGGACUGUCUCCCUAUAUGGCCUGGAUGGAGAGAGUGAGCCCCACCACCUGUCAGACCCCGACAUCCCUUUUGAGCAAGGAGGAGUGGAUGUCUUCUUACUCUCCACCCUGUUUCCGGGGGAGCUGAGGAGCCUGCAGCUAUGGCAUGACAACUCAGGGGACCAGCCAUCCUGGUACGUAAGCCGGGUGCUGGUGCAUGACCUGGCAAUGGACCGGAAGUGGUACUUCUUCUGCAACUCGUGGCUGUCCAUCGAUGUCGGAGACUGCCUUGACAAAGUAUUUCCAGUGGCCACAGAGCAGGACAGGAAACAAUUCAGCCACCUGUUUUUCAUGAAGACCUCCACAGGCUUCCAGGAUGGCCACAUUUGGUACUCCAUCUUUAGCAGCUCAGCUUGGAGCAACUUCACCCAUGUCCACCAGGUGUCCUGCUGCUUCUCACUGCUCCUCUGCACCAUACUGACCACCAUCAUGUUCCGGGGUGUCCCCAAGGACCCAGAUGAGCAAAAGAUGGACUUGGGUAAAAUCGAAUUCACUUGGCAGGAAGAUAUUGGGCUGGAAAGCUCACUCCUCAUGUUUCCCAUCAACCUCCUGAUCGUUCAGAUUUUUUGGAACACCCGUCCUUGGGUAACCAAGGAGCAGAACGCUGGGAAAUGGGAUGGGGGGCCCCCUAGCCUGGCCCCCUCACCACAGCCUGUGGGGGAUGGUCUUCUGACACCUGAAGCAGUGACCAAGGAUUUGUGGAGCCUCGUCAGCUCCUUGUUCAAAGCUCUGAAGGUGCCACCCCCUUGCUCGGGCUGGGACUUCGCGAACUCAGUGGACAUCAACCAACUGCUGGCCUUGGUGGAAGACGUCGUCUGUCAGCAGAACGAAGCAGGGCAGGUGUUCUGGAAGGAAGCCAGCCAGACAGGGGGCCCUUUAACACUCACUCUUGGGUCUGUACAAGUGAAAGAAAAAAUGCAGUGCCCCAGGCCCGAGGUGGGCCCAAGAGACGCUUGGAAGGACAGUGCCUACAGGCAGUGUCUCUACCUUCAGCUGGAGCACCUAGAGCAAGAGCUGCUGCUGUGGGAGCCCCAGGGCUUUUCCCGGUGCCAGAGCCACACCCAGGCACUGGGGCAGCUGCAGACCCUGAAGGGCUGCCUGGGGGGACAGCCCGGAACCCCGCCCCCAGCACACUCCAGCUCCCUGCAGGCGAGCAAGCCCCCUGGAGGCCUCCCCUGGUGGUGUGUCCUGGUGGGCUGGCUCCUGGUGGCAGCCUUCUUCACCAUGCUCUACGGCCUGCACUACGGGCGGGCCAGCCCCCUCAAGUGGCUCAUCUCCAUGGCCGUCUCCUUCGUGGAGAGUGUGUUUGUCACCCAGCCCCUGAAGGUGCUGGGGUUCGCUGCUUUCUUUGCGCUGGUGUUGAAGAGAGUGGAGGACGAAGAGGAGCCUGUGGUCCCCCUCCUGGGACGUCUCUCUGGCCCAGACCCCUCUGCCUUGUUCCGAGCACAAAGAAACAGCAGAAGGGACAUCUACCAGAAGCCUCGGGCCUCUGACGUUGAGAAGACGAAAACCACCCACCUCAAGGAACAGAAAGCAUUUGCCGUAAUCAGAGAAAUCUUGGCACACCUGGGCUCCCUGUGGAUGCCGCUGCUGGUGGCCUACGGGCAGGGGGACCCCAGCGCCGACCACUUCAACAGACACCUUGGGCACAGCUUCAUCCGAAGCUUUUCAGCCAUGCUGGGCUUUCAGGACUUCUUCACGUGGGCCAGCACCACCCUUGUGAGCAACCUGGACAGUCAUCACCCAGGCUUUGUCACUGAUGGGAACUCCAAGCUGGUUGGCAGUGCCCAGAUUCGCCAAGUGAGGGUCCAGGAAAGCUCUUGCGCUCUUGCCCUGCAGCUGCAGGCUUCUCUUGAUGGAUGCCAUGCGCCAUAUUCCCUGGAUAUUGAAGACCUGUCAGACUAUGGGGAAGGCUGGAAUGCCUCUGUCCUCAAUAACAGCAAUGACUUUUCCCAGGCUUGGCAGUACCAGAGCCAGAGCCAGCGCCGAGGGUAUCCCAUCUGGGGCAAACUCACUGUGUACCGGGGAGGAGAUUAUGUGGUCCCCUUGGGGACUAAUCGCCAAAGUGCAUCAAGAGCCAAUACAGGGAUGCGGAACUUAGUACGACACAAAGCGUCCACCACCAGGCAACUGUCGGAGGAAGGAGAGAUUGUCAAUUUGCUACUGAUGAAGAUACUCAGUUUCCUGGGCAUUAAAUGUAAAAGACAGGAACCUGGAAGCAGCAGUGAGCAGCCUGAGUUGCUGUCAGAGGCCUGGGCCCCUCAACCUGUAUCAGCUGUGCCCCAAAUUUAA